AUGAGGGGACAACCCAAUGAACGGAACUUGGACCGAUAUUGUGAUUUCCACCAGGAGGUGGGACACCAUACGGCCGGCUGCUGCCAAUUGAAAACAAAGCUGCAAGGCUUGGCGGAUAGAGGGAUGCUCAAUGACUUUGUCAAGAAGCCACAAGAGAGGGUGCAUCGAGUGUGUGUGGCCAGCACGGAGCGAGGAGUGACGGAGCUGCCACUCCCGCCUAUGUCCUCGACCAAGAGAAGGCGCUCGAACGAACACGACUUACCAUCGAGUCCAUUUCAGGAACGGUGGACUUGA